AUGGCGGAACUUGACUGGCACGCGGAGCGAAGCGAUCUGGCUGACAUUGUACAGCUCGACCGGUCACCGGAAACCGACGGCAUUGACCUUGCUGGUGUGCGCGCCUACCGGCAGGCGCGCGUGCGCCGGAAAAUGUCCGAAUACGGUGUUGAUGCCGUGAUCCUCUCAGAUCCCGUCAACAUUCGCUAUGCGACCGGCACACGCAACAUGCAGGUCUUUUCCAUGCGCAAUGCUCCGUCGCGUUACCUGCUUUUGACACUGGACAAGUCAAUCCUGUUUGAAUUCACCGGCUGCCUGCAUCUGGCGGAAGGCUUCGAAACCAUCGAUGAGGUCCGCCCGGCGAGAACUGCCAGUUUUGUUGCCGCCGGACCACAUAUUGUAGAGCGCGAGGCGCUCUGGAGCGCGGAAAUGGCCGACCUGAUUCAUGAGCUGACGGGCAACAGGAAGGCAACUGUCGGCCUGGAGCGCUUGAAUGCGGGAACGAGCAUUGCUCUUCGAAACCGUGGUCUGUCAGUCGUCGACGCGCAGCAACCGAUCGAAAUGGCGCGCGCGAUCAAGUCGCCUGAGGAAAUGAAAUGCGUGAUCGCCUCGUUGCGGGCGACGGAAAUCGGGGUGGGCAAGCUCAGGGAGGCGAUCCGCCCAGGCCUGACGGAGGCCGAACUCUGGUCCGUUCUGCACAAAUCAAUCAUCGAACAAAACGGCGACUAUGUGGAAACCCGAUUGUUGAAUGCCGGCGACCGGACAAACCCCUGGUUUCAGGAAACGUCGGCGAACCUCAUUGGCAGAAACGAUCUGAUCGCGCUCGAUACGGAUGUCGUCGGCUGUCACGGUUAUUAUGCCGAUUUCUCGCGCACCUUUCAUGCCGGGCCGGACAAACCCAGCGCCGAGCAGCGAGACCUCUACAAGAUCGCCUUUGAGCAGGUGCACCACAACAUGGACAUCCUGCGCCCCGGCAUGACAUUUCGCGAAUAUGCAGACCGGGCAUGGAACAUACCCGAGAAAUACCACACCAACCGUUACUACCUGUCUGCACAUGGUGUCGGCAUGACCGGCGAAUAUCCCUAUCUCUAUCACCAUGGAGACUUUCCGGAAGCCGGUUAUGACGGCGCGCUGGAAUCGGGAAUGACGAUUUGUGUUGAAAGCUUUAUCGGCGAAGACGGAGGCAGGGAGGGUGUCAAGCUGGAACAACAGGUUCUGAUCACCGACAGCGGGAUCGAGCUUCUGUCCAGAUUUCCCUUCGAGGAUGACCUGCUGGCCUGA